AGUCCCAUCUUAACCAUUCACAUUUUUGUACACAUCCUUUCACUUUCUCUCUCUCUAAUAUCUUCUCAUUAAAAAAAACAUAUUAAAACUUUUUUUAUUUUUAAUUUAACAUUUAUGAUUCUUUGUCUUAAUAUAUAUUCCCCUUGUUUUCUAUAUAAAUCCUUGAUCUAAGCUUGUUCAAUUUAUUUCAGUGAAGAAAUGAAAUUCUCUACUCUCUGAUCUGCUUAUAAAUCUACUCUACUAAGCACAACACAAACAAAAGGAAAGUUACAAAUUUAUAAAAAAAAUGUCAAUGGAUAUGAAUAUGAUGGGUAAUGAACGUGUUUGUUAUGUUCACUGCAACUUCUGCAACACUACUCUAGCGGUUAGUGUUCCAUGCAGCAGCUUGUUGACUAUAGUGACAGUUAGAUGUGGGCAUUGUGCUAAUUUGCUUUCAGUUAACAUGGGAGCAGCAUCAUCACUUCAAUCUUUUCCUCCUCAACAAGAUCAUCAUCCUCAGUUUCAGAAACAGCAGCUUGUAAACUGUCAUCAAGAAGCAAGUAGGAAGGAAGUUGUAGGAUCAUCAUCUUCUUCAUCUUCAAAAUCCAAAGCUUUUCAGCAUUUAAUCCAUGAGCAACCUAGGACUCCUCCGAUUCGUCCUCCUGAGAAAAGACAACGUGUUCCUUCUGCUUACAAUCGGUUCAUUAAGGAGGAAAUACAAAGAAUUAAGGCUGGUAAUCCAGAUAUAAGUCACAGAGAAGCAUUUAGCACAGCAGCUAAAAACUGGGCACAUUUUCCUCACAUUCACUUUGGAUUAAAGUUGGAUGCUAGCAAGCAAGCAAAAUUGGACCAUGGGGUUGGGGAGGCUACUCAAAAGUCUAAUGGAUUUUAUUGAUUCAUAUAAAAUGGAAAUAAGUAAUAUAUGAUUACAAUCACUUGGUUCAUCCAUUUUGUUCUUCACAUGGAAAAAAUGAGGUUGAUCAAAUUUCCUAUUCAUAUAACUGCAUGGGGGACUCUUCUCAAAAUUGACCUCUAUACCUCACCUUGUUUAAGUAAUAGUAUAUGUAUUUCCCUUUCCUAUAAUAAUGGUUCCAAUUUCUUUUAUUGUGAUUGCAUUAGUUAUUAUUAUGUUGAACUUAGGUACUUGUUGAGUAAACAUUAUAAAUUAAGCUUUGUUAAAUAAUGUUUUUUUUUUUUAUAAUGAUGAGGGCCUAAGCCCAAAUAAUGUGUUUUUUUAAUUAGUACUA